UAAUAAACACUUCAGAUGGACAAGUUCUUAAAAUUUUGUUUUUCCUUUCUAGGUUGCCUUUUCCGCUCGACGAUAGCACCGGAACCCCCCACCCUUGAAAAGACCGUCCGGGUGGGGGAAAGUGUCAGCAUUCCAUGCCCUCUGUCGACUCCAGGUGGCUCCGUACAGUGGCUUCAGAACGGAGCCCCUAUCGUUUUGGACCUGAGUUCUUCCAAACGACGCCACUGGAACAUUUCUCCCGAUGGAACGGCAGCCUUGACCAUCGGGGAUGCUCGAAGAUCGGAUGCUGGUAGAUGGGAGUGUCGAGAGUUAGGGGCAGACGGGACUGUCCGAAGUAUAGCCAGGGUUUUAGACCUUGUAGUUGGCAGCCUUUCUUCUCCAGGGUCUCCUACGGAUCCUUACCUGGAAUUGGAAGGGAGGAGACUUGUGCAUCAGGCAACUGUCACUGUUCGAGAACCACAAAGAUUGUCUCUCCACUGUGUUGUCUCAGGGGCUAUACCACCUGUUCGACGUAUUCACUGGUCAAUAGGAGAAGCAAAUCUGACAGCAGUGAGCGAGCUGUUUGUUGAGUUCUCAGCUGAGGAUGAUGCCUAUACAAGCCGCAGUGUGCUUGCUCUCAAUAUCACAAGAAGAGUUCAUGGAAAAGAACUAGUAUGUCGCGUCCACCAUGUCACUUGGCUUCAGGCCGCUGCUGUUAGUGCUUCCUUGAAUGUUUUGUAUGAUCCUUCGUUUUCUAUAUCUCGAGAACCUGGCUUCGGUUUCCCUCUGAUAGAAGGUAUGAAAGUGUCUUUACGCUGCGAAGUGGAUGCGAAUCCCCCUAGCGACCCUUUGUGGGUAAAAGACGAUGGGCCUCUUACAAUCCAACAAGACAAUCUUGGCUUCCUCAAUUUUUCAUCUAUUGGGCAUGAACAUGCCGGAUGGUACCGAUGUACGACCCAUCAUGAAUUUGGCUUCUUCGCCUCUUUCGGUUAUUUUCUCAACGUCCGAACCGCCGAAUUGCCAGUUUCGACUGCAGCAGGCUCGAAUAUUCCAGCUGGUCUGGGACAAUCUGUGAAUGUCGGGUGCAUUUCUGACGGUCGUCCUGAAGUAACGGCUGUUAACAAAUCACUGAUGGCUAUGGCAGGAAAAUCAGCUGUACUAGCAGGUCAGCUCUGCUCUACUCCACGUCCGCUUAAAGUUCUUUGGAUUCUGCGUCAUCUAGUACUUAGCCCUGGUGACGUCAAACAUCCUUAUAUCGCUUACAAUCUAACUGAGACAGAGAUCCCCAACUGCUACAUGAGCGGCCUGGAGCUGCGCCGGGUGGAGGUGGAUGAUUCAGGGGAGAUCUUGCUCAUCGUGAAGAACGCCAACGGCAUCAGCGAUGCUCAUUUUCUCCUCAACGUUACACAGGCGUCCUCGUUUUCUUUCUCCUCCUCAGCAGGCUGCUUCAGGUGGACUCUGGUGGCCUUUCUGUCUCCUGUGUGCCUUUUGUGGCUACUGCAGAACCUAUUCUUCUACGACAGCUGACCUCGGAUAUAUUCAUCUAUAGCUUCCUAGUGAAAAAUGAAGGCCAGAGAGUAGAUGAAGAAGAAUGUCUGCCAGUGUCGAGCUUCACUUUCUGGGUGCCUGUCGGAUGUUCCCCAGAACUCUUUGCGAAGGGCAUUUGAUUUUUGAUUAUUUGCAAAUAAUCUUCCCGAAUCCCCGUAUAAUGUCUGUCCAUGUCAGUGUUAUCGCUGGCCUUGUCAUUCUAAGAAAACAGAUCUCUGAAAGACAUAUUCUAGAAAAAAAUCUAGCUAAAGUGUGAUGAUCUAAGCUGAAAGAAAUUCUUGACAAACUCAGUAUUUCCUCGUCUUAUCUUAGUCAGCCAAACUUUUUGAAAACUUUUCACGACAUUUCCCUAUAAUUGCUGGACGAAUUAAACCUCUUUAAACUAUAUGCAACAGUAAAAAAUGUCUCAAAUGCAAGACAUGUGAAGCAACUUUCUGCUUAACAUAUUUGAUCGUCGCUCGCUUAUUGCUAAAAAACUGAAGUAGAACAAACAGUACAUUUCAAUCUGUAAAAGAGUAAAACCAGUUGUGCAUUGCGGCUUUGUUCAGCAGUAAACCUGAAUUACAUUGAAAAAAUUGUGAAAAAGGAUCCUGCAAGCUUAGGCAAUCUGUAAUAAAUUCAAUUUAUUUUGAUGUCAUCGAGAAAGAAAUUGUGUUCAACAUAUAACAUCCAACCCGCCAAUUAUCUUUUUCUUCUUUACAAGUGAAAGUUUUAAAAAAAUUAAGUUCGUAAAUAACAAUCAGUAUUUUUCUGAGAUACGAUGCAUAAUUAGAAAGUUAGUCAAUCAUUAUACUGUCCUAAAGGCAAUAUAAAAGGCAAAAAUUUAUGCUAAGUGAUAAUCAUUAAAAGUUCUUUUAGGAUAUUCUUAAAAAACCUUUUAAAAUGGUAUAAUUUACUUCAAAUAACAAAAAUACAAAGUAUUUUAAUUUAUGACAGUUACUAAAUAAUUUUAUUUUAAUAUCGACUAUUCUGUUUUACAAAGUGUUCGAACACUAUUUCAGAUUUAAUAAAGCAUAAAUCGUCUUAAAAUAUUUAAUAUUUUUACGCGCUUUAUCCUUCAGAUUAAAAAUUUAUUUGUAAUAACCCAUUUAAAAUUAAAUUAUAAUGAUUGUUGCA